AACGACACGAACGCCGUCGCAAAUCAACCACACAGUCAUCACAUUACCGUGAUCAAGGAUCCAGGUCGUGACUGAAGUCAAGCCAAACCGCCAACACCACAACACUCCACACCACCCAUCCAUCCGUACAAGAUGUCUUACAACAAGCCCGAGAAGGACUUCGGCGAUGGCCCCAAGAUCCACAAGAUCCGAAUCACCCUCACCUCGCGCAACGUCAAGUCCCUCGAGAAGGUGUGCCAGGAGCUCAUCGACCGUGCCAAGAACAAGGAGCUCCGCGUCAAGGGCCCCGUCCGUCUGCCCACCAAGGUCCUGAAGGUCACCACCCGUAAGACCCCCAACGGUGAGGGUUCCAAGACCUGGGACACCUUUGAGAUGCGCAUCCACAAGCGCCUCAUCGACCUCCACGCCCCCACCGAAGUUGUCAAGCAGAUCAUCAUCAACAUCGAAGCUGGUGUUGAGGUUGAGGUCACCAUUGCCGCAUAAGGGUGCAGUUGAGACAUGGAGAGGAGGAGUGCAAGGGUUUGAAGCAGACAUGUGGUUAUGAACAGCUAGAAGCUGGAGAUGUACGACAAUGAAUGAUUGAAGGCCCAACCAUU